AUUCAUAAUGUCAGUAUUAUUGCAAUUUAAAGAGAACAUGUAGUACUAGUGUGUCCGAAAAUGGUUGAUUUAUUUAUUUAUUUUGAAAAAGACCAUAAGUCUUAUUAUAUAUAAUUUGUAUAACUUUAGUUCAGAUGCUGAAUGAAACAAAAACGCCCCAAAACCGAGUAGGAAAUAAAACCCUCUCUCUCUCUCUCUCUCUCUCUCUCUCUCUCUCUUCCUCCCCGGCCCCUCCCUCCCUCUAUGAUCAUAUAUAUGAUCAAAGUGUUCAAGGACUAAGUACCCAACUUCAAUCCGUCCAAAUCCCCAAAAGGCUUGCAGUUUAGAGGCGUGCGAAGAUUAGCGGCCAGAGACAUGUUUGAGUGUAGAUCAUUGAUCGGCAACAUGAAAGGGGGAGGACAAAUGUGGCACACUGUCGUCAUUGAUGCUCCUUUUUCUUUCAGCGGUCUAACUUCUGAAGAAAGAACUCAAUUUUUGGAGGUGGCCGUUUAAAGAAAAUUGAAGUAGCUAGCCAUGACAGAAGGAUCAUCAGAUAUCUAUGAUAAUGAAGAAAGUAGUGACAGGAGUGAGGAACAGGUCGAAAAUGCCUCUGUAGUGUCUUCACAAAGGUGCUCGUCUUUUGACUUAAAUGAAGAAGCCUGUAGUACUGAAGAGGGUGAUAGUACGGCUCAGGUUGCUGGACUCAGCAAUAUUAAUGAGGAUGACCAUGUGAAAAGAAUAGAUGGGAAUUCAGUUAAUAACGAGAUCUCCGGUACUGAUGAUCAAGGAAAUCAUGAAAGGACGACUACUAGAGUCAGGCAAUAUGUUAGAUCAAAAAUGCCUCGGCUUCGGUGGACUCCUGAGCUCCAUCUCUCUUUUGUUCAUGCCGUUGAAAGGCUCGGUGGACAAGAUAGAGCAACUCCCAAAUCAGUUCUUCAGCUCAUGAGCGUGAGAGGACUCAGUAUAGCCCACGUAAAGAGUCAUUUACAGAUGUAUAGAAGUAAGAAGCUCGAUGAGGCUGGACAAGUGUUGAGUCAAACGUACAGCCAAUUGCAAGGAAGAAAUCAUAUGCAAGGCAUUCUGCACCAAACGACCAGUCCUACUCAUCAUCGGCACUUCAGAAUGGAGAAUGGUGGGAUAGUUCUAGCCAGGCAUUCUGAUUAUCAUGAUGAGUAUAAUGUUGUUCAUGGUCUUUUGCAGUCACCCCUCUCCCAACUAUCUUUAGAUCAUCAUCAUAUGAUCCAAGCUAGCCGCCUCCCAAGGCUGCAGCAGUGGCCAGCUACUAAUCAGCAUGCCAUGAGAUCAAGGGCAAGUUGUCUAAUAAGCAAACCAAACUCAUGCAUUGGAGGAGAUCAAAAGGAUUUCAACAGCAGCAAAACAGCCAUCGAAACUCAAGGCAAUUCCACAUCUUCAAACCGAACUCAUGCAAUGGAUAAAGACUUCCGAAUUGGACCCAUGAGACCUAGCCGAUUUCUUGAGAAAAAGAGAUCAUGCAGGCCUCCAACAUUCGAAACGAUUAGCAGUCAAAGGAAAGUUAAAAGAACUAAUACCAAUAUUACGUGGGAUAAUAUUGCUGUCGCCAGUACAAACGGUAGGCAGCUCCUAUCAACUUCAGAAGAUCUUGUGAGAAACUCCAAUAGCUUUAAACCCGAGUUUGAGCCCCCGUUUCGGCUUGAGCUGAAUGAAAAGAAAAUGUUGAAGGACAACGCAUCAUGGUUUCCUGAUUUGCAACUAAGACUUAGCCAAAGAGUACUUGUGAACGACGACGAGAAGACCCACGCCACAGGAACACAUGAAAUUGGCACUAUGCUUUCUCUUUCUUAGCUUAUUAUUAAUUUGUCGCCAAACUCGUACAGAUUACGUACAUAAAAAUAUGACGUAACACAACGUCAAGCCAAAUUGAGAACAAGUACUUAGAAUUUGACUAUGUAAAUAUGUAAAUUUAAAAAAAGAAAAAAAAAGAAAAAAAAAAAAAAAGAGGCACCAUCGAACGAUCUCAAGUGCUUGCCCUUAUUGAGGCCAAGGACGAAGAUAAGAAAAAGACAAACAAGAUUGUUGAGAAAUGAUGUUCAAAUUCCGAUAUAAUGUGAUAGUACUCUUGGAUGAAA